AAUUUGCAGAACUUGUUGCGUAUAAAAGAGAGUGGCCUUCUCUGUCUAAGAGGAACGGUGAAUGUUGCUGGCUGCGUCCAGAGACCAGUUCUCCAACAUGGGCAUGGGCAGCGUAUGGCUUGGCGUGGUGCUGGUGGUUACGAUGACGGGGAUGGCGUCCUGGGCGGCUACAGUUCCAGGCUGGAGGCGCUCUGAGGUUGUGGAUCACAACCAUAGAUCUGUAAUACCCUGCAUAAACCCAGAUGAUCCCGAGCCAUGGUGUGACCCUGUGCUGGGCUGCCUGUAUCUCACAGAUGAUUGGUUCCACCCCAGUCGUCCUUUCAAUGUGAUGCCUAACUCAAGGGAGCAUAUCAACACACGCUUCAUGCUGCAUACACGGGAGAAACCGGCAAUCCAUGAGGAUGUGUUCAUUACCGCGAAUCGGAGCAGCUUGAACGACACCACCUUUGACCCCAACAAGCCUAUCAAAUUCAUAAUCCACGGCUUCAUAGACACGGGUUUUUUGGGCUGGCUUAGGAAGAUGGCAGAAGCCCUGCUGGCUUACGGGGACUACAACGUGGUGCGCGUGGACUGGGGGGGUGGCUCGCUGCCCAUGUACUGCACCGCCACUGCCAACACCCGUGUGGUGGGCCUGGAAAUUGCUCACUUCGUUAAUUUUCUUAUUGAUGAAUAUCAGCUGAACCCUUCUUCCGUGCACUUGAUCGGUCACUCCUUAGGUGCCCACACCUCAGGAUACGCUGGGGAGAAGAUUCAAGGCUUGGGGCGGAUCACUGGCAUGGAUCCCGCGGGACCUUACUUCACGGGCACUCCUGACUUCAUCCGUCUUGAUCCCACUGACGCAGUCUUUGUCGAUGCUAUCCACACGGACUCAGACCCGAUCUACACGCUGGGCUACGGUACCGAUCAACCGAUGGGGAACGUCGACUUUUACCCUAAUGCUGGCCACGACCAACCUGGCUGCGACCCCAUCAGUAUUGGCAUCGACGUGAUUCAAGAUAUUGGCGAAGGCAUCAGGGAGCUGGCGGCGUGCAGUCACGGACGUUCCUAUAAACUGUUCACGGACGUCCUGCAGCAACCUUGUCCGUAUCUUGCCCAUGAAUGUGUCGACUAUGAGUCCUUCGAAUUGGGCCGCUGUGCUUCUUGCGGGGAGGAUAACACGAAGUGCGCCUACAUGGGCAUGAGGGCGGAGGAGUACAGCAAUCAACAGCGGGAGAGUGUCCGGUUGUACCUUGACACCGAUGCCAAGUCCCCGUACUGCUAUUACCACUACCAGGUGAUCGUGGACACAGCGCACCCUAAGGAGGCGGAGGUGUUCGUGCAGGGCCAUCUGGAUAUCACACUGUACGGGGAUAACGGGGAAUUGCUAGAGAAUCUGAGAAUUACCAAGAAACACGAGCGGUUUGAACACGGUCAACUCAAGUACUUCAUGUUCAAGAGCCACAUCGACCUGUCCCGCGUGAUCCGUUUGGUGGCCAAGUGGCAUUACGAUGACACUCUCACCAACCCAGGUUCUUACUGUUGGUCUCUCCUCUGCAACCGCUCCCUAUACGUGCGCUCUAUACAGGUUGCCCCCAUGGAUUACUACCCAGAGCAGAACAGGCUAGACCACAAGCGAGUGCUGUGUCAGGCUGGUAAAGAGUACACCAAGAUCAAGUCGGGAACAUCAGAAAGCCUAGAUUACGACGAAUCUUGUGUCUCUUCCAUUCAGUGAGCUGGUGGUGUUAACUGUGUUCUGCUUGUUUCUUUGAUUAAAUGGCUUUGAAAUCGGUGAUCUUAUGUUGAAAGCUGAGAAAAAUAUGUUCUAUUUACAACUCGCAAGUAUCGGUAGUACUUUCCUGCAGAGAGAUCUUUAUGUGCUACAAUAAAAUUAAUAACAAUAAAAAGUUUUGGCCAACU